AUGGCAAGCCAAAUGCUGUUGAGGAACCUUUCUCAGGAGACUGAACAGGUUAUACUUUCCGUGUUUGUGCUGCUGUGCGAAGAAGCCAUUCUGUUGUGUGUGCCAGCAGUUGCAAGGAGGACAUGUGGGCUGCGGUUGGGAUUCAAGGUGACCAACGAGGAACCUCUUCCAAAAAAGGUUCGACUGAGUGAAACAGACAUCAAAGUUAUGGCACGAGAGGAGUUCAUUCUAAGGUGGAAACAAUAUGAAGCAUAUGUCCAAGCUUUGGAGGGCAAGUACACAGAUCUUAAUUCUAAUGAUGGGUUAAGGGAGUCUGAAGAAAAACUAAAGCAACAACAAGAGUCUGCUCGCAGGGAAAGCAUCCUUGUAAUGCGACUAGAAACCAAGGAGCAAGAGGUGCAAGAGUGUACUACUCAAAUCCAGUACCUCAAGCAAGUCCAGCAGCCUAGUGUUGCCCAACUGAGAUCAACAAUGGUAGACCCAGCGAUCAACUUGUUUUUCCUCAAAAUGAAAGGUGAACUAGAACAGACUAAAGACAACCUGGAACAAGCCCAAAAUGAACUGAGUGCCUGGAAGUUUAUGCCUGAUAGAGGCCUGAUGGCAUUGGACUCUACCGAAGAAGUGGCCACCUCCGAAAAAUUCCCCUUCUAGAACAUGUAGACACUUGAGAAAUGUUUCUGUUUGAAGAAAAUAGAGGGAGAAACAGAAGUCUUAAGUCUGUGGCACACUGUGUCUUCAGACAGUUUGGAGGAAUGAAAACCUAGAGAUUUAAAAUCAUGUAUUGAACAUGUAAAAUUCCAGUAAAAUGUAAAAAUUGAAUAUGCAUUGCUCUUAACCUUGAGCAUAGUGACUUAGAGACACUGUAUCUCAGGUUUGCCAAUAAGACUGUGGACUUUGUGAUUGUUGUUGAACUUCUGGGUCAAAACUCAAAUGAGGUGAAUUUUGCCUUUAAAGAGUUUAUUCGCUAAGAACCAAUUUAAUAGUCACGAGAGAAUCAAAUAAUAGAUGUCAGUAUAAGUAGUUCAUAUAUUUAACCAUUUAGUUUGGGGCUCUAUAUUACUUGAUUGAGCCUUAAAUCAAUGUGGUUUUAAUCAAUGGUUUGUUCUUUGAAUGGUUGCUAAUGCUGUAGAUAAUCUUACUGAGGACUGUACAAACAAACAUAAAGGUGUGGUAUCAAACUUCAGGUUGAAA